AUGACAUUUAAUAUCAUCAUAGUAGGAGGCGGCAUCGCCGGACUCGCAGCCGCAAUAGCUCUCCGCUCAGACCACCACACCAUCACCAUUCUCGAGCAAUCCUCCCAAUCGCGCGAAAUCGGCGCAACUAUCUCCCUCCAACCCAACGCCAGCAAAAUCGUCGAGAAGCAAUGGGGCCUCGCGGGCCGUCUCCGCGAGCAGGGCUCGAUGCCUGACUCCGCGUUCGAGGUAUAUAACCUCCGUGGGGAGCUGCAGACACGCGUUCCUUUGGUGACCUCCAAAUACGGCUCAGAUAGAAUGAUCUAUCACCGGGUGGAUCUGCAUCAGGUGCUGAAGCAUCGGGCUACCUCGGAUGAAUAUCCGGGGCGGCCGGCUACGUUGCGGGUGUCGAGUAGAGUGAAAGGAUGUGAUUGUGAAGAAGGGGUAGUUGAAUUAGAAGAUGGGGAAAUUCUGAAAGGGGACUUGAUCAUCGGUGCAGACGGGAUCAAGAGCGUUAUAAGAGGUGCAGUACUGGGGAGAGAAGUGCCCGGUCAGACGACGGGGUUGAGUGCAUAUCGCAUGAUGGUAAAUACGGAGGAGUUGGUUGCUGAGAAGGGGUUUGUGGAUGUCAUCGAUCCACGAAUUGCGAGGACAACGAUGGUUGUCGGUCCUGAUCGACGACUUAUCAUGGGUCCGGCGAGGAAUGGGUCUGUUUAUAGUAUUGUUGCGCUGGUGCCGGACGAGAAAAGGGAUAAGGAGUCAACGAGUUGGAUGACUGCUGGUGCUAAAGGGAAGAUGCUUGCUACGUUUGCGGACUUCCCCGAGUGGGCGACGACGCCGUUGCGGCUGGCAGCCAGAAAAGAGGAGGAUAUUGGUCUUUGGCAGUUGAGGGACUUGGAUCCGUUGGAGACGUGGUGUCGGGGGAGGGCAAUCUUGAUUGGUGAUGCUGCGCAUGCUAUGCUGCCGACGCAAGGGCAGGGCGGGAGUCAGGCGGUUGAGGAUGCUGAGGCGCUUGGGGCUUUCUUUGAGGGGUUUGAGGGGGGUGAAGGGAGGGAGGAGGUUGGAAAGAUGUGUCGGGAGGUAUUUGAGUGUCGGUAUAAACGGGCGACUACGAUUCAAGCCUAUAGUCGCCAGGCGGGAAGGCCGGUGGAGGAAGAUGUGAGGGUCGCGAUGAAUCCUGCCGAGUUUAUGGAUUAUAAUUGCUUGUAUGAGGGGGCGAUGGCCUGGAGGAGGCAGCAGGAGGCUAUAGUUGCUUGA